GAUGAUGCCGAGGCGGGGCGGUGCCGGCGCUGGUGGCGAGCACCGCCCGCCCCUGCGCAGCCAUGAGGCCGUGCCGGCCCUUUGUUCCCGGGGGUCCGGCAGGGCCGGCCUGACCCGCCGGGAGGCAGGAGGAGCUGCUGCCACCAGGAUGCGAUGGGGAACUGCUGGGCGCAGUGGUGCUGCGGGCUGUUCUUGCGGAGGGAUGCCGGCCGCAUCCAGCGCGGCGGAGGAUCCAAGUAUUUUAGAACAUGUUCUACAGGAGAACACUUCACUAUAGAGUUUGAGAACCUGGUGGAAAGUGAUGAGGGGGAAAGCCCAGGAAGCAGCCACAGGCCUCUGACUGAGGAAGAAAUUGCAGACCUGAAAGAAAGACACUAUGACUCCAUUGCUGAAAAGCAGAGGAUUGUUGAUCUGAAGCUUCAGUCAGAGUUAGCCUUACAAGAGGAGAAGUUAAGACUAGAAGAGGAGGCUUUAUAUGCUGCACAACGUGAAGCAGCCAGGGCAGCAAAGCAGAAAAAGCUCUUGGAGCAACGUAGGCAGCACAGGAUAACGCAGAGAGCACAUGCUGUUAAUAACGGAGAGUUCCAGAGCUCUGUGGCAGAGGAAGAUCUUGAUCCUUUCCUAAGGAAUACAAAAUUCCAGUACGAAGCUUUCCGAAGCAGUAGACUUUCAUCUGAUGCCACAGUGCUGACACCCAACACAGAGAGCAGUUGUGACUUGAUGACCAAAACCAAGUCAGUGAGUGGGAACGAUGACAGCACCUCCUUGGAUUUAGAGUGGGAAGAUGAAGAAGGCAUGAACAGGAUGAUUCCGGUGCGGGAGCGCUCCAAGACGGAGGAGGACAUCCUGAGGGCAGCGCUGAAAUUCAACAGCAGGAGGGCAGGGAGCCACCCAGCCUCGGCCUCCGACGACUCCAACGGGCUGGAGUGGGAGAAUGACUUUGUGAGCGCCGAGAUGGACGACAACGGCAACUCCGAGUACGCCGGCUUCGUCAACCCCGUGCUGGAGCUGUCGGCCUCGGACACGCGGCUGGCGGAUCCCGAGCGCCAGGACAGAUAGUGACCACUCCUGCACGGCCCCUGCCUGUGCCCAAACGCUGGGAAGGGAAAUGGAAUGCACAAAGCCAAGCUGCUCUUUUGUAACCCGCUUCCCUUUUUCCUUACGCGCCGGUCGGCGAGGAGUGGCGGUGACUUGCUGUCCGAAGGAAUUCAGAACUAAGUGCAAUUUUAUCAGCUACCUUCUCCACUUUUGUGAAAACUGGGAUGAUUCUAUUGUGUAUAUUUCUGGAUAUCUGGAUUUAAUAUGAAAUUAUCUGCACUAAUUGAAGCUUCAUAGCUUGACCUAUCUAUAUUUUAACUUGCCUUUUUUUUCUGGAGAAUGUUUCUAUUGAUUUUGGUUUAAAAUCCAUCAUUGGCCUAAUAUUUAUCUCAGAAACAGUCUUGUACAAUUUAUUUAAUACUUGAAGAUAGAGAAAUAAUUUUAAAAUAUUUUUAUUUCUGGUCUGUGCUUUUUGACUUGCUCUUCAGCUGUUUAGAGGGUGCAGAAGAACUGCAAAACAAAUUUGACACAUGGCAAACUGCAGAUUUUCCCCUGUCUAGGUUAAAGUCUUCCUAGUCUUGUGUUGUCCUUCUUCCAUUUACUUUUAUUUUUUAAAUUACUUUAUGCUAAGCACGGUUAACCUCAAUGAACAUAGUAAAACUCAGCAGGUUGGGUAAAAUGGUAAAAUAUUGCCGUGUAUGAUAUGCCAGACUUAGUAAGCGUGCGCUAGAUAGAAAAACAAAAACAAAAUACAAAUUCUCUAUGUGUCAAUAAAAUGGGAAUUUUAACCAGUCGAGAACUGGGAGGACCAAAGUCUUGUUUUCCCAGCCCCCCUGAACAUCUGUUGCUAUUUCAUCAGUUGUGAAAAUUUAUAAUUUCACUGGACCAGAAGAGUUACAGAAAAGCAACAUUCAGUGAGCAGACUGGGGGAGGGAAGAACAAGAACCUAAAGACUGAAUUUCUAUGUCUGCAUUUUGAAAAGAAAGCAGAAAAAUUCUUGUUUUAACAGUGUGUUAAAGUGCUCUGCCUUUCCUGUGCCUCUGAAGUGGAAUGGUUAAUCUGCUAAUACGGGCUGAAAUCCAAGGAGGUGUUCAGUGACUGCACCACUGCUGCCCUGGGCUCUGUGGUCUCCCCCUUACUUUUUAACAAAAGAGAACCUGCAAAAUAUUUGCAGAUCUCAAGCUUUCCCCAAAGUUUCAAAGUAAAGCCAUUCUACGCUGCCAUUAUUUUGUGUAGCUGUCUCAUUUUUCCAUGGAAAAAGGGUGACAGGGUUUAACUCUGUUUUGGAAUGAAAGGAACAUGUUGUGAUAAGUAAUGAGCCUGCGCUGUCGCCAUCAGAACUGAACUGGUUGGUGAAAGUUGUGUCUCCGGUUUCAUCCGAAAUAUUUGGAAUAUUUGGGUCAUUGCAGUGUGGACGAGGAAGAAAAAUAUUGCACACUGGGAUUAAAUAUAACCUGAGAGAACAGACAAAUCCUGUGGGUAACAUUCCAUGUUGGUAACAUUCCAUUCCAUCUCUUCAUUUCAGUUGUAGCUUUGUCACUGAAAAUAUUUUACUGCCAUUAUUUAUAUUUGCAAUACUUGUAAUGAGCUUUAAAGGUCUGUACACAUCAAAUGUAUAUUUUGGGUUUGGCCUAAGCUACUGCUGUGUGACUUCUCCUGGAUAUUUCUUUGUAUAAUAUAUUCCUAUGGGAAGGAAGGAAGGCAACUUCCUCCACAUGUAAAUAACGUUUUUUACCUGCUGAAACUGUCACCUCCCCUGCACUGGUCCCUGCUUUUCCUGGCCAGUGAACGUGAGGUGACCUUGUGCUGACCAUGCCUUGAGGAAGUCAAUUAGCUGACAGUCCUGCCCUUGGGAUGAACAAGCACUUAGGGAAAAGGAGGCUGACUCCAGCUUUUUCUGUGAUGGGCAUGUUCUGUAGCCAUGGUUAAUGAUAACACUUGCAGUGCUCAGUGCACCACGCUGAGUGACUUUGAAGUGAUGCUCCAUAUUUGUGGAAAUGUGAGAAAUUGAGAGGUUCUAUAAACAGCUCAUGUGAAACAAUUCAAGGGUACUGUAAAAUGCAUAUCUGUACAAAUUUAGAAGUCAUUAAAAUUCUCAGCAAGUCUUA